AGGUACAGCUCUCCGAAGCAAAGGAAACAAGAAGAGGAUGCUCACAGUCACAGACGGACGGAGACAAGGAAAGGAUUUCAAAAACUUUUGCCCACCACCACACCACAGACCACACCACACACUUGCCUGGCCAGAGAGACCCAACGGAAUCUGCACCGCCUUCUCCUCCUCUUUCCCUUAUCCCGCGCCCCCCGCGCCUCAACCCCGACUUGCAAAUCCCACGCAAAAACCCUCCACCGCAAUUUAUCUCCUUCUUUUCAAACCUCAGAUCCCCCACCGCGCCGCACGCCCAGAACCGAAGAGGCCGCCGCCCUCGCCGUGGGGCGCGCUGCAGGCCCGUCGGUCGCGGCCGGGGGGAGCCGGGCAUGCGGCGGCGCGGCGCUGCGCCGUUCGGAGGAAACGUAAUAGGGCCGAAAAAUGCCUGAGCCCGACCGCAGCUCCCUCAGCGCCGGCCGCGGCCUCCACCGCGACGGGCUCAAGGGCUGGCCCGACCUGUGGCUGCUGCCCGGGAAGCCGCCGCACUCGCCCGCCGCGGCCAUGGCCCCGCCGCCGCCGCAGCCGGACCGCGCCCCCGACCAAACCCUAGCCUUCUCGGACGAGCUCCUCCUCCGCGUCCUUGCCUACCUCCCGGAGCCCCACCUCACGGCCUCCGCCUCGCUCGUCUGCAAGAGGUGGACGCGCCUCUCCGGCCGCCUGCGCCGCCGCCUCGCGGUGCGGGACUGGGCCUUCGUCACGCACCGCCUCCCCUACCGCUUCCCCGACCUGGCGGUCCUCGACCUGUUCCCGGCCUCCAUGGCCGCCCCGGCCUCGCCGUCCCGGGCCUCCCCUGUCCUCACAUGCGGCGCGGUCUCGCUAACCCUAGACCCCAGCGCCGACCCGCCGCUCGGCGCCUGCCGGUUCCUCCCCGACGACGUGCUCGACAGGGGCCUCGCCGUCGUCGCCGCCAGGUUCCCUAACCUCCGGCGCUUGUCGGCCACGGCCGCGUCCGAGUCCGCUGGCCUCAUGGAUAUCGCCGGAGGCUGCGCCACGCUGCAAGAGCUCGAGCUCCACCGAUGUACUGACCUCGCCCUCCGCCCGGUCUCUGCCUUUGCGCACCUCCAGAUCCUCCGCAUCGUUGCCGCUUCCUCCCCGCUCUAUGGCACCAGUGAAGAUGGCGGGGUAACUGACAUCGGCCUCACAAUCCUCGCCCAUGGCUGCAAACGGUUGGUUAAGCUGGAGCUUGCGGGUUGCGAGGGCAGCUACGACGGCAUCGCUGCUGUGGGACGGUGCUGUGCGAUGCUGGAGGAGCUCACCAUUGCUGAACACAGGAUGGACGGCGGCUGGCUUGCUGCUCUAGCUUUCUGUGGCAACCUCAAGACUCUGCGGCUCCAGGGGUGUGCCAGGAUUGAUGAUGAUCCUGGGCCCGCCGAACAUCUUGGCGCCUGCCUCACGCUUGAGAGCCUGCAAUUGCAUCGGUGCCAGCUACGUGACCGCCACGCCCUCCAUGCUCUCUUUUUGGUCUGCGAGGGUGCUCGCGAGUUGCUCGUCCACAAUUGUUGGGGCCUUGAAGACGACAUGUUUGCGUUGGCUGGCCUAUGCAGGAGAGUGAAACUCCUGUCCUUGGAAGGCUGCUCAUUAGUAACAACUCGAGGACUCGAAUCAGUAGUCACCUCAUGGAAUGAUUUGCAGAGCCUACAAGUUGUCGCGUGCAAUAAAAUAAAGGACGAGGAAAUUACCGGUGCACUCUCAGAGCUUUUUUCUAAUCUCAAAGAGCUGAAGUGGAGGCCCGACAACAAAUCUCUCCUGGCGGCAAGCCUAGUGGGCACUGGAAUGGGAAAGAAGGGCAGAGUAUUUUUCAAAAGGAUUUUACCGGGCCAUCAACGAGUCAAAGGCACGAUGCUCAACUAUCCAGCGGGUGUUGCUGCUUAGUCUGAUCACGCUUUUGGUCCAGACAGAAUGUUGUGCUGCUGCAAAAUUCUUAUAAUUGGGAGCUGGCGCAAAUUCUUUGGAUUGGGAUCGAAGUUCUUCAUAUCUGGAAUCUGGCACGCCCAGGGGCAAUUGAGACACCAAUCACCCAGAUUCGUGUUUUUGGCAGAGUAUUAGCAAUCUGACACUUCCCCAUGAGGAUCCUAACCAAUAUUUAUGUACGCCAUGGAUUUUUUUUCCUUCAUAAGUUAUGGCGGAAUUUAUUAGUUCCUGAUGAUGAAAUCAGGCAGAAGUAACAAAAAGUGUUCAUGUUUUACAUCACAUGAAUCGAGUGUUAAAUGGUUCUUGUUGACUGCACACUUUGCAGUGAGGAAAUACUUUGGUGGUUACUCUA